GGAGUGGAACUGCUUUCCUCUCUCUGCUCCAGCACAGCAUGAGAGCGAGCGAGCGAACAUGGAUUUUUGCUUCCCUUUCGCAACCAGGACACGAGGAUCGAGGGCGUCAUUGACAACAGCUUGGAUGUUGUGUUUGCGUCAUCACUAGUAGUAGUUUGGUUCCAAAGGAAAGCACAUCUUUUUGAGAAGUAGUGCUGCUGAUGGUCAGAUCUUUCGAUCUGGAGCUACGACGUCGUCAUGGUGGUGUGUAGAUGCCGCAAGAGACGGGUUUCAGACGAUUAUUUCAUCAAAUUCGCCGAUGGGGGCUACCAAGGUGUACUGCUUUGUUCACAAGGCACCAGUAUGUGCCGAUUGUAUAUGCUUCCCCGAACAUCGACUUUGCGUGAUCAGAACAUACUCAGACUGGGUCAUCGAUGGCGAUUAUGAUUGGCCACCAAAAUGCGGCGCAUGCCAGAAUGAUCUGAAGGAUGAAGAUACAAUUACAACACGGCUUGGAUGUUUGCAUAAUCUUCACACCAGCUGUCUGCAAUCUCAUUUGGGAAAUUUUCCACCGCAUACAGCCCCUGCUGGGUUUGUCUGCCCAUCAUGCCCUACAGCUGUGUGGCCCCCAAACAAGUAUUUUAAGGAAUCUGGAUCAGCUCUUUACAGUAAUCUCAAGGAAGUAAUAACUCAGGUAAGUUCAGCAAAAGUGCUUCUUGGAUCUGAUGCAGCCGUUCAGUCAAGAGAAACUCCUCUGGCGUUCUCCACCGGUCCACUAGCUGAAAUUUCAAUCUCUGAUGUUGGAUCGUCUGAGGGCGACGGAGUGCCCACUGCUGCAGCUGCUGAUGCAAGCUCCUCGACGGUUCCUAACAUUGUUGACAGCAAUCAUGUUAACACUAGCGAUGUUCCGUUGUCUACGGGGGCCAACAUGGCACAAGAUUCGGGUCCAACAAGCAAGACCACUGGCCCAACCUUUGCAUCAACAAACAUUAAUAUAAUUUCUCCUGAUUCUCGAUUUUCCAAGUCAGUUUCAUCAAAUCAAUCCCAACCAGGCGCCACCACACGCAAGCAUGCCAUCCGUGUAGAUAGAUCACAAUUCGAAAAUCAUGAGGAGCACGACGAUAAAUAUUCGAAAAGAGGUCCAGCGUAUAGACAAUUUUUGAAGUAUGUGCCCUUCUUCUCUAAUGGACUGCCGACUUUACCUAUAACUGCCGCUGAUGGAGAAGAAGCAAUGGAUGAUCGCCGACGGCGUCGGUAUCGCUCAUCCACAAUGGAUGUCAGAAAAUUGAUUCUUUUAUUUGCAAUCAUGUCAUGUAUGGCUACUGCGAUGCUGUUAUACUACCGGCUUUCUCAGAGCUCUGGUUUUUCAGGUGAUGCAGAGUCGGAUGAACAGUGACAUGUGACUUUGGUGUAGUUCCGGAUCUGAUUUCAUUGAUUGAUACUUAGUGAUUAGUACUUGGCAAAGGAAAAUGGCUGUUUUACAAGUCGUUUUGUUGUCCUUAAGCUCACCAUAACAGACAACCAUUUAGACUUUAUGCAGCUGUAGGAAAUUCGGUAGUUGCACUUGCCAACGAUAUAUCUUCACCUCUUCUGACAGUCAGUACCCUAAGCUGUCUGUUUAGCAAGUAGGUAAAAGCAGGACCCAUUUUCUGUAUUUAAGACCAAUUACAAGUGCCACUCUAUCCUAUUCGAGUAAACAUUCAGAACUGAGGCCUUCUGUUCUCUGCCAACA